UUUAUAAAGUUUCAAUCAUCAUGGGACUUGAUGCUUUUGAUAAAGCAUGUUGUUGUCACAAAUUUAAAAUUAAAUUUAGGAUGAUGGCCACAACUAUCUACAUCUAGAAGUCUCAUUGAAUGCACUAUAUAUGAAAACAUUGUCACUGCCAUAAAAAACCAUAUUUCUAGAAAGAAUGGGUGCUCCUACUCCAGUUGCUGUAGGAACAAGAGGCACAAUUGGAUCCCUUGUGAGGAAGGAAAUUGAGUACUUCUCCAAAUUUGAGUUAGAAAACUCCCAGAGGCCUCAACCUCAUUAUGUUUGCAGACCUAGUUUUUGGGUGUUUCUGAUGACAGGAAAGAGAAGGAAAAGAAGAGAUAACAGUGUGUUUCUCCCAAAAAUGUGUUCUGUUACACAAGUGGUGAAGAGCAGUGAGUGGAACAGAGUUCCUGGUUAUGGCUACAGGAUCCUCAAGGAUGACAUCAAUAACAUUCAUCUCUGACUCAAUUUCAAUCUACUUUCUUCAAUUACUCUCCUCUUGUUGUAUCUUGAAUUUCAAAAGUUAAUGUUAUUUUCACCUUCAUCU